GUAAACAUUUCAGCCGACCAUGCAUAUUCUCACACGUACAACGGUCGGCACGGUCGAAUGUGAAAAGAUUGGUACAGAUCAAAGUCGUUUAAGGGAGAAUUGGAUAAUUCAAUAAAGAAAACAAUUACAUUACUAAAAAAUAUAGACUUCCCCUGUGUUUGUCUGCUCAUUUGAUCCAAAUUGGUAAAGAAAUAUAGAUUUUACAGUAGUUUUGGGUUACUUAGUUUGUCGGUCCGGCGCGCAGCGACGGCGCGUGGGAGGGGAAAAAAUACCACCUCGCAGCUUAAUCCCCCCCUAUUCUCUUCUAUAAUGGACGAUUCCGGAGUGAGUCGGUGACGUAGGGACCCUGUGAAGCUAUUUUUAGGAUGGGGAAACUCUACUCUUGAUGCGUACGUUCUCGAAAUUUCCAAAAUGGCGGCCAGUAGAAGCGGGAAACGGCGAGCAGAGCCUCCGGCAGCAGUUGAGUUCAAUGACCAAGCGUUCGCGUGCGAAGUUGAUCAUAUCUCUGGCUGGACAUCAGACGAAAUUGACCUGUUGCUUACGGAAUACAGCGUUCCAGAUCAUUGGAAUGGAAUUCUGACCACAGCAUUGUUGGAGACAAUCAGAUAUCGUAUUGAGCACUCGACCACCAAAAGCUACAAACAUGAUUUCCCACCAAUAUUUUCUGCCCUCAACCUCAACUUGCCUACCAGUACCAACUUAAAUGGACUACUCCAAAAAGUACAACGACAUGUAGCCAAAUCAAAACGAACCCACACCACAGUAGACCUCCUCCAAAAAGUGCCUGAAUUUGCAAAAUUGUUGACGUUUCUCAUUCUCUGUAUGAGAUGCACCAGUAUAAUGGUCUGGUUUGCAGUUGUGUGGAAUUCUCAGAAUGAUGUAUGAAACCAUGUAAAUAACUACAAUGUACUGUAAAAUAACAAACUUUCAUUGUGCCAAGUUUCAUGGUUGUAGGUGCUUGCGUUAACCCAGGAGAGUCUCACGCAUUUUUAAUAAGGUAAUUUUGCGUACAAAAUGAAUAAUAAAUUAGGCUUAUUUGCAUAAUGGCGUGUAAAACUUUGAAAUAUACACUUUAAAAUGAAUGUCUAUACACAAACAAGAAUUGUGCCAAGUUUCAUAGCUGUAACUGCUUUAGUUAUCCCAGGAGAGUCUCACGCAUAUUAAAUUAGGUAAUUUUGCGUACAAAAUGAAUAAUUAAUUAGGCUAAUUUGCAUAAUGGCGUGUAAAACUUUGAAAUAUACACUUUAAAAGAAAUGUCUAUACACAAACAAGAAUUGUGCCAAGUUUCAUAGCUGUAACUACUUUAGUUACCCCAGGAGAGCCUCACGCAUAUUUAAUUAGCUGGACUUAGUCAUUUUUGGAACAUUUUGGGGUUUCCCGUUAUGGAAUUUUGGAUAAUAUGCCAUUUUUGGUGACCGUAAAAAAAAAAAUUCAAUGUAAUAGAACCUCCAUUUCUCUUUUGCAAGUAGGUUUGACCUGUGUACUAUAAGAAAAGAAACACUAACAGGGUUUAAAAUUGAGAAAAAACAAUGAAAACUUAAAGGAAAAACUGAAAAGAAAGCAUUUUCCACUUUUUGCCCGUAAAUGGUUAAAACAGGUGCUUUAAACAAUAAACAAAAAUUUGCAUAAAAAGAGAAUCGAAUGUCGGAUUUCAAUUUGCUUUUCAGUUCUUUGUUUCUUUUAUCAAGCUAAAUCAUAUGAGACAAACUUUGAAGGCAUUGGCAGAACUUUGAAAAAUAGUGUGAUCUGCCUACUAC